CGAGCGAGACAAGCAGGGACCUGUUGUAGCUUGAAGCUUCUUAGUCUGCAGUCGCUUCAGUUUGGAUUGAAAUCGACUCCCUAGAGCAAUGUUUGCAAACAGCGAAAUUAUGGAUCGUAGACGGUGUAUGCUGAGGCGGUAUGCGGCCUCUUGCGACAAUAAUUCGGCAAGAUUAAGAUUGAUCGAGAUGAUGGAUCAACGAGAACAGCGGUGCCCGUGCGGGUGCCCGGGGAUGCAGUUCCAUGAGGAGCGCGACGCCAUCAAAAUAAAAACAAAGGAGAAACACAGCUCCAAUGUCCAUGAAGACAAAGUUUUUGGAUUUGAGGUGCUGCGUUUUCAGGGGAAACAUUACUGUCCUGAAAAAAUUGCACCCAUUUGGAAGAAGGACUGCAGAAUGUGGCUGUGGAAGUGUUCAACGCAAGAUAAAAAUAAACCCAACAAACGUGUAGAGAAAGAGCCAAGAGGUUGCUAAUCGUGAGGGGAAACGGUCUUGGUAGAACGUGACAUGUGUUCUUUGAUGUGAUGAACUGACGUUUCAAUAAUAAUUAUCAGAAAAGAAUAUCACUAAAUUUAGUGUCGUAGAAUUUCACAGAGGGAUCCCCCCAUGAAUCCCCAAUUGAUCAAAAUCCUCUAUUUAACAAGAGUUAUGAUAAUUGUUCAAUGAACUUGAUGUUAAAUGUGAAAUCGUGUAAAUUAAAGAAGACAAGUAGCCAUAGUACGGCAACAUCAAAUGUGAAAUAGGUAGGCUGUAUUGCGCACCUGUAUUAGGCGUUAAGUGUCAACUAGUUUAUAUGUAAAAAUUUUAAGUCCUACUUUCCUGAAGCUUGGAAAUAUUUAAACAAGUUAUUGCACAACAAUGUUCAGAAAAGACAUCAAAUAUGUCUAAAGAGAUUAUCAAUUUUAAUUUAAAGUAAAAACUGAUGUACAAUAUUAUCUUCUUAUAGACCCUCAUUUAUGAAGUUAUGUUUUUGCUUCAGAAAAUUGAAUUUGAAAAGACUGUCUGUAAAUUUUAAAGCUGAAAUGCUGUAUAUAUUUUCAGGACAAAAUGUUAAAUUGUAUGGCACAACUUAACAGCAGAGGGGGAGUAAAUCAGUUUCCAGUAUUGAAAAUGCUGCUUACAAAUUGUGAAACAGCAUCUGUACAUAGAGAUAAUUCCUUUGGUUUAAAAACAAACUGUACAAAAAUUAAAUAUUAGAUGGUUUCUGUUUUGUUAA